ACAAAAUCUCGGAGUGUUUUCGCGGAGUACCAGUCGGAGCUAACACUUUACAGUUGUGUGACACAACUGUAAUGAGUGAGGACUUGUGGGAGUUCUAUCUAACCAGAGACAUUCAAAUUGGUAUGGCAUACAUAAAGCUUGAGUCACCCGUAGCUUUAUGUAACACAAUACAAUUUUCAACAAGUUGGUCGAUAGCGCCUGGCUUCUGUGUCGCUAUGCGCUCCGAACCUGAUAUGAAAAAUGUGGUAUUACUUUGGCGAAUUAAAUACGCAAUAGGAAAUGAUGGUAAAGAUCUGGAAAUAAUAAGAACGAUUGUUCAUCCGCUUUUCACUCGGACAAGUUUAGCGCACAAUAUCGGUCUAUUUCAACAUGAAACUUGGGAUACACAAGAAUUUAUAUCGAUUAUGCUACCAUUUAGUAUUAACGCUCGUGGUGACAAAAAUAUGAUUAUUGGAAGUCGGACUACUUUUGAAGGACAAACAGAAAUUAAUUACCAUCGCAUCAAGAUUGUUGAGUCGACGCAUUGUAAUGAAAUUAUGUCUUUUAUUGAGAAUAUACGAAAGUACGAGUUUUGUGCGACAUUUUUAGAAAGACAUGACACUGUAAUCGAACAUGGCGCAUUAGUAACCGAAGACAAUAAAGUAACUGGUAUUUUCUCCUGGGGAGACAAAAAUGGAAAAGCUCUACCUUUUGUGAUCCUAAAUAUUAGUUACUAUCAAACCUGGAUACGGCAGGAGCAGCGGUCCUAUUCAAACUUGGAAAUUAAUGAAAAUUUAUUAUAA